CUGGUAGUUGCACCCCCAAUCAAACAAGUUCACUUUUAGUCUUCACGUUUGACUUGUAAACCAAAAACAAAAAAUGAUUUCUUUCUUUCACGUUUAAAAAUAUAAACUGGAAUAUCAAUCAUAGCAUAGGAAGCUAAAGCUUUUUCUGACAUUAGGAUUCCAGGUAUUAAAGUCUUGCUAAACAGCUCCUUAUCUUCACUCUAGGUGAUCAGAAAGCUUUUGUUCAUUGAAAGAGACUGCUGAUUACGGAGAAAAAAAAGAGGGGAAACAUGAGUUUCAGGGAUGAUUCUGAAGAUGGGAGGGACGUACGGAAGCCAUUUCUGCAUACCGGAAGCUGGUAUCGAAUGGGUUCCAGGACGGGAUCCAGUAUGCUGGGCUCAUCUCAAGUUAUUCGUGAUAGUUCCAUCUCUGUUGUAGCUUGCGUUUUGAUUGUUGCUUUGGGUCCUAUCCAAUUCGGUUUCACUAAUGGCUACUCUUCUCCUACACAAUCUGCAAUCAUCAAGGAACUUGGGUUAACUGUAUCAGAGUAUUCUGUAUUUGGUUCUUUAUCAAAUGUGGGUGCCAUGAUUGGAGCAGUAGCCAGUGGUCAGAUGGCAGAGUAUAUAGGGCGAAAAGGGUCUUUGAUGAUUGCUGCUAUUCCUAAUAUAAUUGGAUGGCUUGCUAUAUCUUUUGCAAAUGACGUAUCUUUUCUUUACAUGGGAAGGUUGCUGGAAGGUUUCGGUGUGGGAAUAAUCUCUUACACGGUGCCUGUGUAUAUAGCUGAGAUAGCACCCGAAAACUUGAGAGGCAGCUUGGGUUCUGUGAAUCAGUUGUCUGUUACAAUUGGAACAAUGGUUGCCUAUUUGCUGGGACUUUUUGUGGGGUGGAGGAUACUUGCAAUUUUAGGAAUACUUCCUUGUACAAUUUUGAUUCCAGGUCUAUUUUUCAUUCCAGAAUCUCCUAGAUGGCUGGCAAAAAUGGGAAUGACCGAAGAUUUCGAAGCUUCUCUUCAAGUUCUCAGGGGUUUCGAUACCGAUAUUUCUAUCGAAGUCAAUGAAAUCAAGAGGUCUGUAGCAUCAACAACUAGAAGAACAACGAUCCGGUUCGCAGAACUCAAAAAAAGGAGAUAUUGGUUUCCGUUGAUGGUUGGAAUUGGGCUACUUAUGUUGCAACAACUUGGUGGCAUUAAUGGUGUUAUAUUCUAUUCCGCUACCAUAUUCGAAACUGCUGGAAUUAAAUCAGGCAAUAUAGCUACCUUUGGAGUUGGCUUCAUUCAGGUCAUUGCUACUGCUUUAACCACAUGGUUGGUGGACAAAACAGGCCGCCGGCUUCUGCUUAUUGUUUCCACUUCUGGAAUUACUCUCAGCCUCCUACUUGUUGCACUCUCAUUCUUUUUAAAGGAUGUUGUGUCUACUGAGUCUAGCCUUUAUAGCAUAAUGGGCAUCUUGUCGGUAGUUGGAGUUGUGACCUUGGUGAUAACUUUCUCUCUGGGAAUGGGGCCCAUUCCUUGGAUUAUAAUGUCAGAGAUUCUUCCAGUAAGUAUAAAGGGUCUAGCGGGAAGCAUAGCAACACUUUCCAAUUGGUUCUCUGCCUGGCUGGUUACCAUGACUGCCAACCUGCUUUUGGAUUGGAACAGUGGAGGAACCUUUACCAUUUACAUGCUUGUAAGCGCUUUCACUAUUCUAUUUGUGAGUCUUUGGGUCCCUGAGACUAAGGGCAGAACACUCGAAGAAAUCCAACGCUCUUUUAGAUAAGCUUUUCUUCUUUUCCCCCCAUUUUCACUAUAGAAUAAUUCAGUUCCUGCAAUUUUCCAUUCUUUUAUAAUCAUCUCUAGCUGUAAAUUUUUUGUUUAUAUAUUUAUCUUUCCAUAUUCUCUAGCAAGCAUCUCUUCUUCCUGGCAUCACUUGUAUAAAUUUCACCCUCAAAAUAAAAUAUAUGUACUAUUGUCUA